AUGAGGAAAAACAACAUGUGGUUUCUGGACCGGCUUCGUGGCUCCGGGGAACCUGGUGCCGCCCGCGGAGUUGGGGGCGAGUCGGGGGACAAGGCCUCCCAGGGGCCCCGGUACAGCAACGUGCUGACGCCCGACAAGAUCCCUGACUUCUUCAUCCCUCCCAAGCUGCCCUCAGCCCCCGCCGAGGCCGAGGGGCCUGCCGAGCUGGGCCCGUCCACCUCAGAACAGAACCUGGCCACGGCCGCACCCCGCCGCGCGCCCCGGAGCCCCCGGCUGCCCGCCAAGCUGGCUGCAGAGAGCCGGAGCCUGCUGAAGGCGGCCACCAGGCACGUCAUCCAGAUAGAGAGUGCGGAGGACUGGCCGGCCGAGGAGGCCACCGGCGCUGACCCCCAGACCCAGGGAGCCAUGUCCCUGCCCUCGGUGCCCAAGGCCCAGACGUCCUUCGGCUUCGCCACGCUGGCCGAGAGCCCCCACACCCGGCGCAAGGAGUCCCUCUUCCACAGUGAGCAUGGGGCCCUGGCCCAGGUGGGCUCCCCGGGCACAGGGCGCUCGCGGGCCGGCACCAGGGCCCCUGGGGGCGAAGCGGGGCCCAGGGAGGCCGGGGGGGCCCUGAGGAGCCCCAGCCGCUGCUUCAGCGGAGGGGAGAGCGACACAGGGUCCUCAGCCGAGUCCUCCCCCUUCGGGUCCCCGCUGCUGUCCCGCUCCAUGUCGCUGCUCAAAGGCUUCGCCCAGGAUGGCCAGGCCAAGGUGAGCCAGCUGAAGCACUCGGUGGGCCGCCACGGCUCUCUGUCAGCGGACGACAGCACGCCGGACACCAGCCCUGGAGUCCGUCGCCGCCUGACCCGCCGGGCCGCUCCCGAACCGGGCCCCGAGUCGGGCCAGGCGCCCCGAGGGGAGCACACGGUCCGGAUGGGCCCCAGGGGCAGUGUUCGGCUGCUGGCCGAGUACGAGGCAGCCCAGGCCCGCCUGCGGGUGCGCCUGCUGGCCGCAGAGGGCCUCUUCGAGCGUCCGUACGACGGCCGCAGCAUCAACUGCUGCGUGGGCCUGUGCCUGGUGCCGGGCAAGCUGCAGAAGCAGCGCAGCACCAUCAUCAAGAACAGCCGCCACCCGGUCUUCAACGAGGACUUCUUCUUUGAUGGCCUGGGGCCCGCCAGUGUCCGGAAACUGGCCCUCAGGAUCAAGGUGGUCAACAAGGGCAGCAGCCUCAAGCGGGACACGCUGCUCGGGGAGAAGGAGCUGCCCCUCACCUCCCUGCUUCCCUUCCUGUGA